UUUAAAGUUGUUGAGUGGAAUGGGUAUACUUGUGAAUAGUAAAAAGGAUUUGUUUGGCAAGGAGGCUCAUAUUUGACAACCUUUAGGCUGUUUAGAUCUAUUUCACAAGACGAUUUUGCUACUCAGUGUAUUUUUUUAGAAUCACUUCUUUGGGUUCAAAUAAUUAGUUUUAGAAGAUUGUGUGCAAGUAUUUACUUCUCUGAGUAUCGUACUUUGAGGUAUUGCGGUAUGAAUGGACUUAGAAACUUUUACCCUAUUGAGGAAGGGUCUGUUUUUUCUUCUUAUAUGUUAUUUUUAAAAAUCAAACCAAACAUUUCAUGAGCUGAAUGUCUAUGUCUCACCUCUACAAUGUUCAUGUGUCGGUUUCCUAAUUUCAUGAGAUGGAUGCAUGUAUGUCUCACUUUUUCCAUUUUUUUGUAGCGUCAAUGGCGGUCAGAUAUAUAGAUUGUGAAAUGUCUAAGAAGCUCCGUACAAGAUUGUGUGAUAGCUUGCAAAAUAUUAAUCAAAUAUUUUCACAAAGAUCUGUAGAUGAAAGAGUUUUUUCUUGAACAGAAUGAUGUAUUAGAAGCUUUCUCUUCAGAUAAGAGAUUGAUAUGUGAGUUUUUGUUUUGUUUUGCUUUUAGAAAUGGUAAUGCACUGUUGAAUUUUCGAUAUAUAUUGUAAACUAAUGUUUCUACCGUAACAGUGGUCAAUGAACGAUUCAGUGCCAAACGUGUGAGAAAAACCAAGUAAGUAACUUUUUGAGUGUAUAACUAUUUAUUGAGUUAAAGCUGUACAAGAUUCUGAUUAUGUUUGACUAACUUUUAUAUUUCAGGCCAUCAUCAUCAAAAUUGCGUCUUCUAAGAAUCAAAAGCAAAGUAGUGGCUCCAUCAGAACUUGCAACAGAGUUUUCAAAAACAAAAACCACACUUGCCAAGAGUGAAAGGAGGCUGUUUCGUUUGGAAAGGAAGGAGCAGAAUAUGAUGAUGACCAACGUGAAGACCAAAAGAAAAGAAAAAGCAGAGAAAAAAGUUACUCUAUCCAUAGGAACAAUGGGCAUGAAUAUGAUGAUGACCAAGCUGAAGAACAAGUUGUCAACUCAGAAUACAUUGCCCAAGAAGCUGUGGCGCCACUUCCUAAGCCAGAUGAUGGUGUCUAUCUUGUCGGGAUUUCUUUCAAAGAGAUUUCGGAUGCUGCCUGUUUUGAAUGUCUCAUUCGUGCUGAUUAUGCGGCGCUUGACCCUUUUUUCAAAGGCAAGAUAAAGUCCUCAAAGACCAUCAUGGCUGCUUUUCCAGAUUUGGAGUUUUUU